AUCAACAAUACCGUGAAAGUGAAACCCAUGUUUUGAUCCUUCCUUGUCCAGCUCAGGGUCACGUGACCUGUAUGCUUCAACUCGCCGAGCUUCUGGCUCUCUCCCACAUCCAUGUCACCUUUCUCAACACAGAACACAUCCACCACCGUCUCCUCCGUUUCGCCGACCUCCCUUCUCGUUUCGCCUCCCAUCCCACUCUCCACUUUGAGACUUUCUCCGACGGCCUUCCCGCCGACGACCCCCGACGAGGAGAUAACCUAGUAGAACACAUCAAACAGGUGAAUUUGCACGCCAAACCUCAGUUGAGGCAGAUAUGCUUGGAACCUUCUGGGAAACCCAGGUUCAGUUGUAUUAUCGGAGAUGGCAUCUUUGGACGCCUCACCAACGAACUGGGAGAAGAGCUUGGGAUACCUGUCGUUUAUUUUCGCACUUGCAGUGCUUGCUGCUUUUGGGCUUAUUUUUCUGCUCCUAGGCUAUUUGACUGCAAUGAACUCCCCAUUCAAGGGGAAGAAGACUUGGAUCGAAUAAUAACGAAGAUCCCGGGAAUGGAAAACUUGAUUCGAUGUCGAGAUCUCCCAAGUUUCUUUAGAAGAACCCAUAACGGCCAAGUUUAUUUAGAAUCUGUGCUGUUGGAGACCCAGCAAUCGCUGCGAGCACAAGCUCUGAUAUUGAACACAUUUGAAGACUUAGAAGGAGCGGUCCUCUCUCAGAUGCGACUUCACUUCCCCAAACUCUACACCCUCGGCCCUCUCCACGCACACCUCAAAUCCAGAAAGGCCUCCAAAACGGCGCCGUCAAAGGAACCGCCUCCUAAUUCCAUCAUCACCAAUAACAGUCUCUGGGAAGUAGAUAGAAGUUGCAUGGAGUGGCUCGACGCUCAGCCACCUAAAUCGGUGAUUUAUGUGAGCUUCGGAAGCAUAACCAGAGUCUCAAGAGAUGAUCUCCUGGAGAUAUGGCACGGUUUGGUGAACAGCAAGAAGCGGUUCCUGUGGGUGAUCCGGCCCGACAUGGUGAUCGAAAAGGAAGGAAAUGAUCUGCCAGACGACCUAACGGAAGGGACGAAGGAGAGAGGCUGCAUGGUGGGGUGGGCCCCGCAAAAGGAGGUGCUUGAACACGUGGCAGUUGGUGGGUUCAUGACACACAGCGGAUGGAACUCAACGUUGGAGAGUGCGGUGGCUGGAGUUCCGAUGAUAUGCUGGCCUUGCUUUGCCGACCAGCAGAUAAACAGUAGGUAUGUGAGUGAGGUGUGGAAGAUAGGGUUAGAUAUGAAGGACGUGUGUGAUAGGAAGGUGGUGGAGAAGAUGGUGAAUGAUCUGAUGGCUGAUAGGAGGGAGGAGUUUGAGAAGUCGACGGAAACUGUGGCGGCGGUGGCCAAGGCGAGUGUGAGCGAAGGUGGAUCCUCGUACUCUGAGUUUGACCGUUUUGUUCAGUUCUUGAAGUCAUUGAGUUCUGGGAAAUGAAGUUUUGUCUUUUUCAUUGGAAAAUUGGAGUUUUGUCGGCUCAUUGGAGAUUGGACUUUCCUAAUUUCUUUGCUCCUUUUUCGUUCUGGGCUUAGCCCAAGGAAGAAGUGGAUUGUUUUGUUUGUUCUUGACGAGUACAAA